AUGGAUGGUAAUCAUAAGAGUGAAGAGCAAGAACGGGGGUUUAGGCCGGCCGGUGAAAAACAUUCUGAAGCACAGCAAAGUGUACGCAGUAGUGUACGCGAUGAUUUAUUUGCGAUCUUGUGUGACCCUCCUUUCGCGUAUAUGGAUUAUGAUAACUAUCGUGCUCCUUGGAACUCCACCGUUUCUCUCUACUUCAAGAAAAUUUCUCUUAAGAAUUGGUCUCACAAGCACUUUUACGAACAAACUGAUAUUAUAGAUUUAAAACAGGCAACUCUUGUUUGGUACGAAGACCUCUUCACAAUAAAAAACCUUCCUGGCUUAUUUCUCAGCGAUAAAUUGUUUGAUGCCAUUAUAAAAAGAAAAAUGGCUGACACGUCUGCUGUUAACGAAAAGAAGCGCAAAUUUGCUAAAGAUGCUGUACACACUAACUCUGUCGUGACGUCUGCUGAACUUCUGAAAUGUUCUUUUGAUCACCAUAGCAAAUAUACAAAACAGAAACUGGAUGUUAGUGGAGAUGACGAACAAUCAGAGGGAAAAGAAGAUCAAUCUCCUUUUUCGCAAAAACAAAAUGACAUGACACCUAAGAGGAAACCAGAAGAUGUCGAGGAAGAAGAUGACAUUUACUACAAACCACACAGGACAGCACCCUCAUCGUGGAGGAAACAGAUUCUGUUGCGCUAUAACAUAAUCGAUACUAUUGGUUCAUCAGCGACGAACGCACGGAGGCUUUUUGAGGAUAUUUGGGAGACUAUGGUUAUUGCUAUGGAAGAGGUGCCUUCGAUUUCAAUAACAAAAGAUGAUAAAAUAAAAAAUUAUACCAAAGAAUUGUUUAUGGGUGUGAAUUCACUCGAAAAAUUACGAGAAGCAAUUAAGUCAAAUCGUUCCACAUUGAGGACAAGUGGUAAUACCGGAUGGAAGAGACAAAUUAUAAAAAUAUCAAAGAUUUUUCGUGAUCAAUUUGAGAAUGGGAAAAAUUCCUUCAAAGAGAAACAAACAGAAUACCAAUAUAUAAUCAACUUUAUCGCUCCGAUAUACAAAAUUAUGUUUAAGGAUCUUCUACAUUUGAGUUUUGAUUGGGGUGAAAAGGCAUUGAAAUGUUCGGCAAUCCUUUUAAACAAAUCUCAACGAGAUAAUGAUCGCCGUAGUCCUGGAAGCAAGAUCGAUACUAUAAUUAAGUUGAUGGAAUUGAAUCUUGAAUUUUCUAUUGUGGAGGUCGCCGGGUCUCCAUCAGAUCCAGAUCAUUCUCAUUAUGUCGGAGACCGCAAUAAGAUAGCGAAAAAUCUAAAAAUUAUUUUAAAUUAUAUUAGAACGGAAUAUUCUGGGGAUUUCCAACAAUUUCGCAAGAUUAAAGUGUACGGAGUACAAAUUUAUAGUAAGUAUUAUGAGCUGGACAGCUUAUCCUUACCUUUCUCCGGAGUUUAUUAUUUCAAGCAAGAAUUUAUGUUCGAAUGUCCAACAAUUACCUUACUUGUUUCUAAAGCAUUACCGAAAUUCUUAGACAACUUAUGGAGAAUACGAGAUAUUAUUUCUUCAAGUAUUGAAAGCAUCACUUCAUAUAUCGAAAACAUGAGAGAAUCAGACGAUGGUAGUAAUGAUACCGAUCCGGUAACAAUCUCACCUAAGAAACAAAGACAAAAAUAA